AUGUCCACCUUUGCAGCCCUAAAUAUAGAGGCAGACGAGACUCCAGAGGAAGAAGUCGAUGAUACGCGCGAGAUCCAAAUAGAGGAGGCCCUCAAGCUAUAUCAGACCGCGCUCAAGCUCCAUUCGCAGGGGCCCAAGCAUUAUAAAGAAGCGGGAGAAGCAUAUGACGCGCUCUUCAAGUCGGAGAUAUUCAAAUUCCCCCAGUCUGCAGUGGGAGCCGCACAGUCAGAAAAUGACUAUAUAGAAGAAAUCGAUGAACCGUCUGCUGUGUCGGUUGCUGCCGUGGACGAGACCGAAACUGCAGCCAGCGCUUUACCGCAAACCCUAUACCUGUCAUAUAAAAAUUACGGCCAAUUCUUGCUUGACACUGUUAGAUAUGCCUGGGAGCAAGGCGGAGAUCUGGCCGAUACAGCGCCCUCUACAGCCUUGGCCAUUAGGCACUUUGCGGAUGCACUUGAGCGUGAUGACUCUGACCUUGAGCUCUGGAGGAAAUGUGGAAGGGUUGGCGAUGCCCUGAGAAGCCAUCGGAUUUCGAGAUUCUGCUUAGAGAGCGUUUUUGAAGGAAAUGGGGAUGGUAUAGAUGAUGGAUUCGAGCAGCUGGGCAUUGAGCAAGCCGGUGCUGUCGGCGAUUUACGAAAAUUCUUUACUGCCCUCUACGACCAGGUGUCGCUUGCACAGCUUCCACGGAAGCAGCCGAGACGAGCACUGCUUAAUUUUCUUCAGCGACAAAUAGAUCCAUUCCCAUACCUUCCUUCCGCAUUAAGGCAGCUGGAUGGUGGUUUUAUUUCCUGUGGACUCGCCCUCCCUGCAAUCAAACGUCACCCAAUAGCUCCAGCAGUUAACACUUGGGCUGCGUUGGGCGAAAAGAUUCUUGAGCUACUGAGCGAAGAGGGCUCAAAUCAGAGCGGGGUACAGGGAACGAUGGAAAUCUGCCUGCCAGACCCUGAUGUCAGGAUGGCCUCUCCUGAAGCAACCCUUCCUAUAAUCCAAGGUCGAAGGGCGUCCAAGAAUAAGAAUACCACUACGGGGGAUUCAUGUGAUACAGAAACGAAGCCUGAUUCAAAAGCUAUUUCAAUUCCCGCUGAAGACAGUGUGGCCGCUAAGGAAUCUACGCCAGUGGCUGAUGAAAAAACCGAAGAGAAGCCGGCUGAAAAAGCUGAUGGAAAGACUGAUGAAACCGUGACCGACGAUAGCCAUAAAGAAAAAGAUGACGAGGAGGCUGUCGAAAAGGACAAAGAAGACACUGAAAAGCCGAAUGAACCAGCGGAUGAGGCAGAAGGGAGGUCUGGGCCCCAGACGAGAAAGCGAUCAUCAACGUCAAUCGCCGUUGAAGAGCCAGCCGACGGAGGGAGAACAAAAAGCAAACGCAUACGCGCGCGAGAGUCUAUUGCCGAUAUGCACACACAGCCAGAAGAAGUAAUCUUCGACCAGACAAGAUAUUUCGAAGAUCGUCUCGAGAUUUACGCCCAAGCUGAUGAGUGGAUGUUUAGCACCGCUAACAGCUUAUUGUCUAAGUUUGGCGUAGAGGAACUUGGGAGUAUCGAUCAAAUAAAACAGAUUCUCGCACCCAACGACUCGAACCUGCCACAAGCUAGCACCGAACCUUCUCCUGAAUCUUUGGCCUUCCAUGACUUGAGAUAUGUCAUUGAGAAUUGGAAUGAUGACCUUGGAAAAGUAGCGCUUCACAGUGAUAUAUUUGCAGAUACCCAGGAUGGGUUGAAAGGCGUGAAGAAAUCCGGCCUUAGUGUCUUUAUCGAACACUCUAAACAGGUUGGCGCAAAGACUGAACAGGAGAGGGACUUAGUUGAUGACGAAGGCCUGGAACAGUUUGCACAGAGUACUAAUGCUAGUAACCUGUCGAUGCAAGAAGUAGCCUUCAAAUGGCUUGAAAAGUACCUAAAGCCAGACCUUCAAUCUCUUGAUGGACAUGACAUAUCUAGCGUGACGGACUCAAUUUACGCAGCUCAUUGCUUGCCCCAAAGUACACGGGACACACUUACCCAGAUACUUUUUCGAUUAGACGAAUUUGUCCAUAGCAGGCUGAAAGAAUUUGCUCUAAGCUUAGAAAAAAGAAUCCUAUCACAUGCCCACGAAACGCCAUACUCAUUCACACCUGAUGACCUUACUGCUGUGGAGAUGGCACAAAGCAUUUAUGAGUUACAUUUGGACAUAUACGACUCGAUCGUCCGCAGAAAUGAGAAGAACCAGGAUGCCAUGAUACUCCAGCAAGACAGACUGAGCCGAUGGAGGUCAAUGACACGCGGCUACAUCAGUUACUACCUCGAUCUCUGUGCUGUGGACAAUCGACAAACUGCCAUUGUGCUACGGCACUUAUGGGCCACCACUUUCCAUGAAAAUAUGAUAGACGACCAAAAUGGAGACUACGUGCUACUAUGUCUCAACGAUAUCCGACGUGCUUUAGUGUCCCUAGGGAGCCCAGUCAUUUCUUUGGUGAAUAAUAGCACAAUGCCAGAAAUAUCCGCCGCUGCUAUUGAUCAGGAGGUGUCUCGUCUUAGGGCGAUGGGGUUUUUCACAGACAUAUUCGGCUCUGGGACGGAUGAUCCUGUACACCUGAUUGAAACCAUUGAGCCUGUUUUAGACCCGUCCUCAGUGCAAUAUACAGAUGAAAAUGGUGACGUAUCUGAGACGGCUGAACCAGCAAUGGCUACUCGAAAUUUAAUCGCUUUCCUAGACCAGGGAGAUGCUACUCUCAAACUGUUCCUGUGGCGCCGACUUCGUGAUGCUUACGAUUCAAUUGAUUACCCCACAAAGGUGGUCUCUUGCCACCUCCGAAGUCUAGAAACGGUUGUCCAGGAGUUGAACCGCCCAGCGCGCAUGGAAAUUCCAGCUGAUGAACGUCGGUCUAGCUUACUAAAGUGGUUAAAACUGGCGGAUGACAUACUGACAAGUGUAAUGCGGAGAGUCGUUGCCAAACCCGGCACAUCGUUUGAAUGCUUUGAUUGGGGCCACCUCCAGGUGUCCAUGUCCUCUUUAGCUCGUUUGUCUAGGAUCCUUCAAUCUUUUGCGCUUUAUGAAGAUGGGGUUCGUGUUGGUCAGGUCACACCCGCCGACAUUCGUCCUGCAUCGACCGCGAAGUCCUUAGAGCAGUUCAAAGAUAAGCUACGCAGCCUGUUUGUUAAGACCUGGAUCGUGCAGUAUACUCUUUUAAGGGAAGGUAUCGAACAGAAUAAGGAGUUAUUUGAUACCCCCUUAGAUGAUCGCAUACACUUCUUACGUUCUGUUCACAAUGCGCUUGGACUCCGCUCAUAUUGCAAAUACCCGAAAAACGCGUUCGUCAAACUCAUGAGAGAUGAACUCUUAACCCUAGAGACUGAAGACGUUUAUGAGAACGACCUUGCUCAAGUUCUGUACGACCUAUACAAAUUCAAAUUCUCGCCUCAUCUGGAUGUCUCCUUUGAUCAUGGCUGCCCAUAUGAGACUCUAGAUCUGGAAAUAGCUCUAAAGCUGGUUGAUUUCACUAUUUCUCAAACGAAGCGAAUAGAUAUCAAAGAUUACUUGAAAUCUGAUCUGAAGCCAACGGUUGACGCUCUGCAAAGACAGAUUGGGCUGAUGGGCAAGUCAGAACUUUCAACGCCUCUCAACAAGAGAAUUUUAUCAAAGUUUUUGAAAGCUCCCGUAAAUCCUCUGGAGCUUUUCCGCUCGGUGCAAGGAGUUAGUGGGUUGUCUAUGAUUCCCGUUUAUUCAAAGAGCUCUGACCUUGCCGACAAAGGCUGGUUCACCUUCCUUGGCUCCGCAGCGCUCGCCAAAUUCAGAGCUCAAAAGAAGGUCGGCCCUACCCCGACCGAUGAUUUAGAUCUCGCUGCCACACUAUUCCGCCAUGAUUUAGAACACGGAAAAGAUCGAUGGGAAUCAUGGUAUAGACUUGCCCAAGUAUACGAUUUGCGACUUGAAGAAGACAUUGCUUGGUCCGCUGAAAAACUCAACAAUGACCGCGAAGAACUUGCAACUGUGGAACGCAGGGCUAUUCAUGCGUAUUCUAUGGCCAUUGCGAUUGCUGUUCAAACAGCCGAUUUGAAGCCUGAUGAAAAGAAACAAAUAUCUGACCUAUAUACAGAGUUUGGUCUUCGAAUAUAUGCCUCCACCAGGGACCCGUUGUCUAUGGGUGCAUUUGACGUAUCCGCAUUCAUGAGGCACUUUAGCAGCGGAGAAAGCCAGAGGAUGUAUGAAGGAAAGCCAUUUAGUGCUAUGAAACCAUUUUCCGCCUGGUACUUUGCUAGUUACCUGUUCCACAAAGCAAUGAAAGACCGGCCAAUGAAUUGGAGGAAUCAUUACAUGUUUAGUAAAUGUCUGUGGAAAAUGUACUGCAGUAAUGAUCCGCUGAAGGAGCGAUAUAAGCCAAUCGAACCUACCGAUAUCCUGGAUUCAUUAACGGAUGCCAUUGAUGUUCUACCAAAAAAGAAGGACGGCCGAACAUCAGAACCAAUAUUGGAGCCACAUUUUAAACUUGUUUCCAUAACCCACAAGCUUGUUGAACGAGGUGACCUAGAGCCAAAGGAUGCCAGUGAAAAGCUACUUGCCACUCCAUGGGCUCGAGGGUUAUCACUGGCAACGGAUAUGGACUCUUGGAAACCAUUCAUUUUGGCCGUGCUAAAGCAACUGCAGAAUGCUGAUAAGUCUAACUGGCACCAUCGUAUUGUUGCGAGAGCUGCGCAUAUAAUAUACGACGAUUCAAAGGACAACGAUGCUGCAAUGGCGGCAAAAAAUGACCUCACUCAGCAUAUAUUUACCAAGACUAUGACGGUACAGGUUUGGCGACCGGAAAACGAGAGAGCUGGGAGGCAUUUUGUCUAUACCACACGAUAUGUUUACUUCUUUGUACAGCUACUAGAACAACUUGACGAUCGCGCAAACUUGGACAUGCUAGUCCGCCGUGUGAGGCGAAAGGUCAAUGAUUAUCUGAAAUUUCCUAAACUCUGGGAGGACACUUGUGCCACAUAUAUAAGACUGCUCCGCCGUGCGGGUAACAUCCCAGAAGGAAAAGAAGAUGCUGUUUUCAAGGGUGUUAGCUAUGACGACUUUACCCUCUACUCUGGCCGUCUAGAUUCUUGGUGUCAAAACCCAGCCAAGGAAGAAGCGUCAACAAUCGAGUUGCUCCGCGAUGCCGUAGAAUUGAAGAAAUUGAACGGGCCGAUUAUAAAAUCCGGCAUGUUUGAUGACCUUGUCGCGGAUAUAUACGCCCAGCUAUACCAGAAGACACUGCCAGAAUUUGUUGAGCAAGUGGCUGGCGAGGAAAAUCGAGAGCGAAUGAAGGUGGACCAUUUGCUUAUGGCCGGCGAAUCGGCCGAUGGAACAGAAACGCCGCCUGUCUCAACCCCAGCUCAAACACCCGGUCCCAGACCUCGAGCGAAGGGGGUAACUCGGAAAGAGGUGCAGAAAAAAGCCGACGCGAUUGCGUACAAAGCACCGCGCCCUGCUCCUAAACCGGUAAAAUCUGCAGAGGAUGAAGCCAAACAGGCGCAAACGGAACAGCAAACCGCUGAUCAGCCAGCAAACAACGAGGAUGCAACCGAUGCGGCUCGAGAUGACAAGGAGGAUAAGGCCAAAGAAGACAACGAUGAGGAGGAUAAAGAAGAUAACAACGAUGAGGAGGAUAAAGAAGAUAACAACGAUGAAGAAAAGGAAGAUAAUAACGAUGACGAAAAAGAAGAGAACAACGACGAAGAGAAAGAGGAGAAUAAUGGAGAUGACAAGGAAGUAUCGGUGCCAGAUCAUAGCGUGCACGAUACUACGGAAGAUGAGAGUGGGCUUAGCGAUCCUGAAACAGAAACGGCCUCGGGGGAUGCUAUGAAGCCUUCGAGUCCAUUGUUCCCAAAUCACCUCAAGUCCCGUAUGUUGUCACCCAAAGCAGCAUCUGAAUUUUCAACCAACAUCAGCGCAGAUGGCGGUGAUAAUGAAUCGAUUCCCGCCCCUUCUGUGCAGGACACGAGGGCCGAGGCAGCGGAUUCACGGAUGUCAGAUAAGGAUACGGAAGAGCAGCAGCAGCAAGAUUGA